UGGAAUUAGCACGGGACGACACCUGGGCACAACUGACUAUCGAUUGCGGGGGAGUAUAAAACGAAGGGCAAUCGAUGCUGUAUUCUUCAGCAGCUCGACAUGGCUUCAAAUACCACCUUGGUAGGGUCCAUACCUGAAGUGAUUGACAGUGACAAGCAGAAAAAGUCAUUCCUUCAGCGUGUGUCGCCCUCGUCAUGCUCUGCAGAGAGACGUCUCUUACUCAAAAUUGACGCUUCUGUCCUCAUAUUUGCCUCGUUGGGAUACUUCAUCAAAAAUUUGGACCAAAGCAACGUGUCAAGUGCAUUCUUUGCCGGCAUGCGCGAAGACUUAUCUAUGUAUGGCAACCAACUUGUCCAUGUUACCUCUUGCUGGGCUGCUGGAUAUGUCGUCGGACAAGUCCCGUCAAACUUACUGCUCACAAGGGUCUCUCCUCGCUACGUUAUCCCUGUUCUUGAGCUCGCAUGGGGACUAGCUACCCUGGGAACUUUUGCAGUCAAAAACGUGAACCAGCUCUUUGCCAUCAGAUUUCUAGUCGGUCUGUUUGAGAGCGGAUUCUAUCCUGGUAUGCACUUCAUUCUCGGCUCAUGGUAUACUCCCCGUGAGCUGGCUAAGAGAGCAGUCGCUUUUGGCAUCGCCGGGACCCUUGGAACUGCGUCUUCAAGUUUUCUGCAAACUGCCACUUACAAGACCUUGAAUGGAGUAAAUGGGCUGGCUGGCUGGCGAUGGCUGAUGAUUGUAGAUGCCGCCAUUACGUUCCCCGUUGCUCUUCUCGGCUUUUUUUGCCUUCCGGAUCUCCCUUACAAUGCAAAACCUACCAUUCUUCUCAAUCAAGACGAUAUAGGUUUGGCACGAGCCAGAAUGAGAGCUAUAGGUCGUAAGGAAACUGAACCAUGGUCGCGAGAGAAGCUACGCCGCAUCUUCAGCUCUUGGUAUAUCUGGAUCUUGCCCAUUGAAUACGUUCUAUGGCUCAACGGCGCUAUUUCAUCACCUAUACAAUAUUGGCUUAAGAGCUUCAACACGACUCCUCCGCCGGUCCCAGGUAGGAGAUUCAGCGUCACCCAAAUCCAGCUACUACCGCUUCCUACAACCGCAAUUGCCAUUGUCUGCGCCUUUACUUUUGCUUGCCUAAGUGAUGGCCCCUUCAAGGGACGCAGAUAUCCGUUUGUCUAUUUUGGUGCCGUGAUACACCUCAUUUUAAACACUGUUUGGCUUUUAAUGCCGUUAUACAAAAACAUUCCUAGUCAUUUCGCCUACUUCUAUUUGACUGGACUCAGCUCAACCGCUGGCGCCCUGAUCCUGAACUGGAUCAAUGAAAUAACGGGGGGAGACACCGAGCUCAGAGCCCUCUGCGUAGCACUCGCGAAUGAUCUUGCCUAUGUGGUUCAAGCAAUUGCUCCCAACUUCGUCUGGAAAACCGCAGAUUUUCCUCGUGCACAAAAGGGUUAUCAUUAUUCUCUCGUUCUCCAGACCCUAUUGAUCCUUUGGACGAGUCUCAUACUAUUCCUUCUCCGGCGAGACCAAAGGAAGGCUGCUCGUCGUUUCCAACGGCCCAAUCUCGAGGCUGGCCUUGAUGCCUCAGACUCAGAUAUUUCAUUAACUGACAUAGGAUAUCCUGGAAGGGCGACAAUUAGGCCACAAUACCGUCCAGGGUGAAAAAGAAUUGUCAUGAUUAAGAGGCUUGUUUAAGAGGUAUUUUUUUCUUUUAAAGGUUAUGGCUCUGAAAACUUCAACGA